AUGGUAGUUGUUGUGCUCCAGAGCUUUGGCCAUGGCGAAUCAGAACCAGUCGAUUUUUCCGAUGCGCCUUCACGAUUCAGUGACGGCUUUGAAUCUACUUCUUCAACGCCGUUCGUUAGCGCUCCGUCUAGUCCUGGCCGUGGUUCAUCAUCUCCGGCUAGUUAUUUCUUCAGUGCACCGUCGAGUCCAAUGCAUUUCGUACUUUACUCUACUCCGUCUUCUUCCUCCGUCACUCGUUCAACAGAAUCGGAGUUUCCAAAGCACGACUCGUCGUCAUCGGAGUUCGAGUUUGACUUCUCCUCUCGUUUAUCUUCGAGUAGUGGUUGUCCGUUAGACGGCGGAUCUAUGAUUUCCGCCGAUGAAUUGUUCUCUAAUGGUCAGAUCAAGUCAUUAAAGCCUCAGAUCUUAGCGCCGCUUCUAGAUCUGGAAACAGAGGAAGAAGAAGAUUUCAAUGGUGAGAUUGUUCGUGGAAGAGAUCUGAAGCUGAGAAGAUGCAGAUCUGUUCAUGGGAAAGCUAGAUCUCUUUCUCCUCUUCGAAACGCAGCGUUUCAAUGCGAAGAAGAAAACGAAACGAAGCUAGACGACGAAAACAAAACCAAAUCGAAAUCUCUCACCGAACCAUCAGAUGAUUCGACAAAAUCUCCGGCGACCGGAGGAGGAAAACCGACCAACGGAGUAGCGAAACGACGAGGUUUAAAGCCGUCUGCACACGAGUUACACUACACGACGAACAGAGCUCAAGCAGAAGAAAUGAAGAAGAGAACAUAUUUGCCGUACAGGCAUGGACUCUUUGGUUGCUUAGGUUUCAGUUCUAAAGGAUACAAUGCACUUAACGGCUUAACCCGUAGCUUGAACACAGUCUCUUCCAGGUAA